CCCCACCUCCGCUGUAUCAGUUUAUUACAGACUGAAAGUCUGAGGGCUCCACACUACAGAGUGACGUGAAGAUGGUGGGGUACCUCAAAAGCGAGGAAGAAUACCAUUGUGCACUGAAAGAUGCUGGUGAGAAACUUGUGGUGAUUGACUUCACUGCAACAUGGUGUGGGCCAUGCCAGAUAAUUGCCCCAGACUUUGAUAAGUUAAGCACAGACAAUCCUGAUAUUGUGUUGCACAAAGUAGAUGUGGAUGAUGCAUCAGAUGUGGCCCAACUCUGUGAAAUUCGCUCCAUGCCAACAUUCAUUUUCUACAAGUCUGGCAAAGAGGUUGAGCGGUUCAGUGGUGCUGAUAUAGCGAAACUGAAGAAUACAAUCAAGAAGUUAUGCUGAAUCCUCAUUGUUUACAAAACCUUUUACAAGAAUAAUAUUUUUUUUAUUAUUCUCAGAAAACAUAUGGCUUUUUAAAAAAAAUACAUGCUUUGUACCAAGUGUGUGGUGUAUCAUGCAGUAAACUGGGCCUUAUGUGAUCUUUAA